UAGCGCAAGUCAUUUAGUAUGUGACCGACAGUCAGUGCAAUUAGUCGUAUUUUUUUGGCAAAUUCCUCUACUCUUCGCAUAUUCAAGUACCGAAGCGGCAAAUUAAUAAGUAACGUUAAUUAUUUAGACUGUGUUAGAUUCGGGCAAUAGAGGUGCUGAGGUGUGUUGGACUUUGAUCAACAUGAAGGCCAUUAUAUGCAUUGUUUUACUGGCCAUUUCGGCCUUUUGGAUUUAUCGCGGAGUCAACCAUUUCAUUAAGCCGCUACCAAAACCAGAAGUGGACACUAACACUUACUGGGGACCCGGCAAACCUGUAAACUACGAAGCGCCGACAGAUAUUGUGCCUUUCGAAAUUAAAUAUGAUCAAACGAUUAUAGACGAUUUACGUGUACAGCUCAAUCGUACUUGGAAAUACACUGCGCCACUGGAAAAUAUCAAGUUUGAAUACGGUUUCAAUUCGGAAGCGCUGCGGCAUAUCGUCGAGUAUUGGCGCGACUACUACUUGCCCAAAUGGAGCAAACAUGAAGAUUACCUGAAUUCCCUGCCGCACUUUAAAACCGAAAUUCAAGGGCUGAAGAUUCACUUCAUACAUGCAAAGCCAUCGGAGGCAGCGCGGAAAGAGAAGAAGGUUGUACCGAUGUUACUGCUACACGGCUCUGUGCGUGAAUUCUACGAGUUCAUAAAGAUUUUGGUGGAGGUGUCCGAUGUUAACGACUAUGUAUUCGAAGUUAUUGCACCCUCUCUAGUCGGUUAUGGGUUCUCCGACGCUGCCCCAAGACCCGGUUUCGAUGCGCUACAGAUGGCUGCUGUCAUGCGAAAUCUUAUGUUACGUGUUGGUUUCGACAAAUUCCUCAUACAGGGUGGCGAUUGGGGUUCCAUCAUUGGCAGCACCAUUUCCACACUCUUCCCGGAAAAUGUGAUCGGUUUUCAUUCCAAUAUGUGUGUGCUGCAUACACCAUUAGCUACGAUUAAAUCGUACAUUGCCAGCUGGAUGCCCGAGCAAUUUCUGCCAGCGCGUUUCUUCUACGAUCAUCAUUUCCCACUCAAGGAUAAAUAUAAGUUUCUGAUACUUGAGUCCGGCUACUUCCACAUACAGGCAACCAAACCGGACACCAUUGGCAUUGCAUUGGAGGCUAGUCCCAUCGCCUUGGCCGCAUAUAUAAUGGAGAAAUUCCAAACAGCAACUGGUGUAGGACGGAAUCAGGAAUUCAACGCGAUGGACAAAACGUACAAAUUAGAUGCUAUAUUAGACAACGUCAUGAUAUACUACCUCACUGGCACGGUCACGACAGCAGGACGGUUCUAUGCCGAAAAUCUCGCCAGCAACUCUUUGGCUCUGAGCCUGGAUCGUGUUCCUUCGCCAGUGCCAAUGGGUUGUGCUCGCUUCCAGUUCGACUUGCCGCCGGCACUUGACUGGGCGCUCAGAGACAAAUUUCCUAAUUUAGUGCAUAGUACAUAUUUCAACCAGGGUGGCCACUUCGCCGCCUUGGAACUGCCUGGUAUGUUGUAUAUUAACUUCCAAGAGUUUGUUAAGAAAGCUAUUGCAGAGUAAUUUUUAAUUUUUUGUAUGAAGAAAGUGUAAUUUAAUUAAUAAGCAAAGCUUAAAAAUA